GAAGUUCACAUUCCUGAAGUCCUUUAAUACUGCUUUUAUUGUGUCGCUCGGGCUCCCGCAGCGUCGCAGCGGCUUUGCUUCCACCUCCGCUUUCUAAAAAUCUCUUUCUCUUCCGACGUAGGGCGAGUUUCGAUACCUAGGUCCUUGCUUGAUGCCCUAGCCCUUGUAUCGGAUUCGAUGUGGAAACGGAGGUUUCGACGCGGUCUUUGCCUCCCAGUUUUGAUCUGAGAAGGGAGGAGUGAAGAAGAUGGGGGGCGUGACUUCAGCGAUGGCGGCUAAGUUUGCCUUCUUCCCACCGAGUCCGCCGUCGUACGGCGUGGUGGUGGAGGAUGAGCAGGCAGGGCGGCUGGUAAUGACUGGGGUACCGAGGAGGGCCAACGUCGAGGUAUGGCGGCUGCGCACGAGAAGGGGGAACGAAAUCAUUGCCAUGUACGUGAGGAACCCGUCGGCCGUGCUCACACUUCUAUAUUCUCACGGCAAUGCAGCGGACCUCGGUCAGCUCUAUGAUCUAUUGACCGAAUUGAGCGUUCAUCUCCGUGUCAACGUGAUGGGGUAUGAUUAUUCUGGAUAUGGCCAAUCAUCCGGAAAGCCAAGUGAGCAAAACACCUAUGUUGAUAUUGAGGCAGUUUAUAAAUGUCUUCAAGAAAAUUAUGGGACCAAUGCAGAAAAUAUUAUUUUGUACGGUCAAUCAGUUGGCAGUGGCCCUACUUUAGAUUUGGCCACUCAAUUGUCUAAUAUAAGAGCAGUUGUUCUGCACAGUCCCAUUCUGUCAGGUCUCCGAGUAAUGUACCCGGUGAAGCACUCAUACUGGUUUGACAUAUAUAAGAACAUUGAUAAAGUUCCACGUGUAACCUGUCCAGUGUUAAUAAUUCAUGGGACAGCUGACGAGGUUGUGGAUUGGUCCCAUGGAAAACGCCUGUGGGAACUUUGUAAGGAGAAAUAUGAGCCUCUUUGGAUAAAGGGUGGGCGCCAUUGUAAUUUGGAGCUAUAUCCAGAGUACAUCAGGCAUCUUAAGAAGUUCAUAUCUGCAGUCGAAAGAACACCUUAUGUUAGAAAUGAAUCUGCAGAUGCCUCAGCUGUAUCAGAUCCACCUAGAGUAAGCUCUGAUCAACUGGAGCCUGUUAGGAGCAGUACAGACUGGAGAGAUAAAUCUAUGCCAUCUGAUUAUGAGAAACCUCGGCAAAGUACAGAUGUUAGAGAGAAAUCGAGAGUCAGUACUGAUAGGAGAGAGAAAGCUGGAAGGAAUAUUGAUCGGCCAGACAAGGGGAGGAACAGUAUGGAUCAGCCAGACAAGCCACGGAAUAGCAUUGACAGGUUUGGGGUGAUGAUGAAGUCAGCUGUUUUGUGCAACAUUGGCUGUUUCAGACGCACAACUUCCAUAAGCUGAAGCAUACAGAACAUUUGGGUUAGUACAGUCUACCUUUUUUCUUUGUAUUAGUUCAUUUUGGUUUGGCUUAGGCUAUGCUCGGAAGGUUCAAAUGCCUUCCUGCUUGAUGGUGAUUAGUUGUUUAACAAGGCUUCUGUAAUUUACCUUAUAGGGAUUAGUGCCCUUUUAUUUCUCCUUUGUGAACUAAAAUGAUAGUGAAGUUUUAUCUAACCGAUUAUUUUUCAUUUUUCACUAA